GAGGGGACCUGGUACAUUAACUAACGCUGUUUCUCUGAUCCCCAUUGUAAUAUUGUCUUAAGGUAGUUUGUAAUUCGGAUCAGCUCCAUUUUAAAAGUUACGAUGUGCGGUCCAUUCCUGAUCAUCAAGGUGAGAAAAUACUGGAUGAAAGACCUGCAGUCAUCGAAUCUUUGACUUUUCGGCUGAACGCACCUGUUUUCCAAGAAGCAAAUGGAUAUGGCUGAUAACAAUAAGUUGGAUAAUCAAAGAAUUAAGAACUUCAAGAAGAAAGGGCGAGAUCUCGAGACGGUGAGACGACAACAGAAUGAGAUUGUUGUUGAGCUGAGAAAAAUCAAGAGAGAUGAACACUACUUAAAGCGGAGGAAUGUUCUCGUUGGCAAUGAAGAAUCUGAUCCGGAUGGUGAUGUCAAACUUCAGAGUGUAUCAUUAGAAGAAAUAAUUAGAAAUGCAGCGAGUGAUAACCAGGAAAUUCAGCUCAAUGGUGUGCAAGCUGCCAGAGAGUUGAUCUCCAGUGAAUAUGCGCCUUCAAUCGGUGAUUUAAUCACCUCUGGCAUUUUGCCACUUCUAAUGCAUUGCUCGGAACAGGACCAAAAUCAUCCAUUACAGCUGGAAGCAGUGUGGGCUUUGGCAAAUAUUGCUUAUGGUUCUUCAGAGCACACAGAGGCUCUGAUUAAAUUAAAUGCAGUCCCACUCUUGUUAAACCUGCUGAGCUCCCCACAUCAGGAUGUAUGUGAGCAAGCACUCUUGGCCUUGGGCAAUAUCAUAGCCGAUGGGCCCAAAUAUAGAGAUUAUGUCAUUAGUUUAGGAGUGAUAAAACCUUUACUUGCUUUUGUCAGUUGUUCAGUUCCCCUUGGUCUGCUUCACACAAUCACAUGGGUCAUUGUCAAUCUCUGCCGUCAGAAGGAUCCUCCGCUGCCAAAGGAAAUCGUUCAAGAGAUUCUUCCAGCUCUGUGUGUCCUUAUUCAGCACAAUGAUGUUCACACGUUAAUAGACUCCGUCUUGGCUUUGUCCUACAUAACCGAUGCUGAAGAUGACCAGAUUCAGAUUGUUAUAGAUUCAGGAAUUGUUCCUCAUUUGGUGCCUCUUUUUGGCCACCAGGAAGUUAAUAUUCAGACUGCAACAUUGCGAGCUGUAGGAAAUAUAGUAACGGGUACUGAUGAACAAGCACAAGUAGUCUUGAACUGCGGAGCCCUUACUUAUUUCUCAGCAUUGUUAACUAAUUCCAAUGCAAGACUUAGUAAAGAUGCUGUAUGGUUUCUUUCCAAUGUCACUGCUGGCAACCAGCAGCAAGAACAGGCAGUGAUCAGUGCCAACCUCAUUCCUCUGGUUAUUAACCUAAUGGAAAAUGGUGACUUCGCAACUCAGAAGGAAACUGCUUGGGUCAUAGCCAAUCUAGCUAAUAGUGGCAGAAAAGAACAGAUUGAUUAUCUCAUUGAACAAAAUGCAAUCAUUCCAUUUUGCAAGCUCCUUACGCUGAUGGAUCCUCAGAUAGUUAUAGUAGUGCUGGAUGGGUUAAGCAAUAUCAUAAGUACAGCAAAUGAUAAAACUGAACUGAUUGCAAAUCAAAUUGAAGAAUGUGGAGGUUUGCAACUAAUUGAGCAGUUACAACUGCAUGAAAAUGAGGAAAUAUAUAAACUGGCAUAUGAUAUCCUUGAUCAGUUGACAGCUGAGGACGAGGAUAGCUCUUAUCUGGUAACAACAAAAAUGGAAGAUUCCAAACUUCAUUUUAAUUCAGGCGAUCCAGAGAGAGGGUUUCAGAUCUAAGGAGGCAUCCUCUCUCUGGAGCUAUUGAGGAUUUCAUCAAACUUAUUUGGAUCUAGUGAUGCUGUUAAUUGCAGUUGGUUCCACAGUUUAUGUUUGGCUUUCCUGAAAAUCCUAAGUGGAACAAAACUCUUCCAUUCGUAUCGUGGUUGUUGUUCACUUAUCAGGAAAGGAAGCUACUGAUCAGAGUUGUCCUAUGGAUGCAGUUUAAUACAAAUGUACACAGACAUGGUUUCCUUCUGCAACUCGUUUAAUAAAGUUCAGUAAAGAAAAAUGUAAGUUUAUCUUCCUUGGGUUG